CCAUUCAUUUUUUUUUCUUGUUGACUGUAUUUAAAUUUUGUUUUUGUUGAUAUACGUACCAGGAAAACAACCAACCUGGGUGAUUCCAUGGUGGGGCAUAACCGGCCUAAUGCACCUCAUCUGGCACAACAUUUCUCGUUAACUAAACAAACACAAGCAGAUUCUUCAGUGGCAAACCAGGAACCUCCGCAGUUGUCUCAGAUGCAUAAUAGAAAAGCAAGUUCUCAACAAUUUCAAGGUGAAGUUCGUGAUUUUCCAAGAUAGUUGCAUGUGAUGCAACCAUUGAAACAAACGCUAGAGCAGCACAAGUGGUCUCAGACUAGUGGACAACCGCCUCUACCAACUGGAAGCAGUUCUCGGGAAGUUGCUUACAAUAUUCCCAGAGCUGCAGUGCCUGCAAAUCCUCAGAUGCCUGAACUUCCAGAAUGUGAUUGGAGUGAGCAUACCUGCCCUGAUGGGCAUAAGUAUUAUUAUAAUUGUGUCACUCGUGAAAGCUUGUGGGAAAAGCCCAAGGAAUAUGGUUUGUUUGAGGAACAGUUAAAGAAUGAGAGACAGCAGCAAACUGCUGCCCACAAGCUUCAGUCUUCUUCCUUGGUUCUCUCUAAACAGCAACCUGCUCAAACACAAGAAAUUCAUUGCCAAACUCAUGUUGACCAUCAAAAUCUCCAACUAGAAAAACCUGCUCUAUCUGCGCCGGUAUAUUGAGAUGAUUUCUUUGGAGCAAUUCUUGACAACAUUUGUAGUUGAGGCCUUUAGAAUGGAAGAAUGUAUUUCACUAAUUUUUGUAUACAUUUCUUGUUUUGUAUUUA